AUGGUAAGCCCUUCUUAUGGCCAACUAGUUGCCCCUCUUCGUGGAAGGCCAACGAUAUUCGGUAAUGUAUACGAAAAGAAUGUUGUGUUUCUUCUCGACACAUCUGGUUCCAUGUACCAUAGUCUCGAUGUUGUCAAAGAACACUUGCUCGAAGUUCUGUUCGCGCGGGCGAUUUCUGACAGAGAUACCAUGUUCAACAUCAUUGAAUUUAACGAAGAGGUAAACAAAUGGGCGGACAGAUUAGUGACAUGUACUCCGAGGACUGUGAGUGUCGUUAGUGAAUGGAUCCACGAACUGAAAUGCGGAACAUCAACAAACACCAUGGAAGCUUUGAUCGAAGCUUAUGAAGAUGAUGGAAUGGAUGCUAUCUAUUUAGUCACUGAUGGCCUACCCGAUCAGAGUCCUCCAGUUAUAAUAGAAAACGUCCGUCGCCUGUACAAAGGUCGGCCAAUACACGCGAUAUAUCUUACUGGAACACACUCUGAUCCAGCGGCAAAGGAAUUCCUUGAAGAGCUGGCUAAAAUCACCAAGGGUUCCUUUCACUGCAUAAGCCUCACUCUUUAUGGUAGGAUACAGAGAGUCACACCGAUCUUCAAUCAGAGGACUGAAUUCAUGAGGCAUUAUGAUGGUGAAUUCUUGUCCCCCAACCUCACUUCAGUGUUAGGUACCAACACUACCCCACACCGUCCUACCUCAGCACCCCCUGCAUCAGGGUUUGUUCCCAGAAUAUAUGAUCCAGGAACUCCAGUCACUCUCCUCAAGGCACCUCAUGGAAGUGUCCCUAUCCCAUAUGUCUCUUGGAGUAAGUAUGAUCAGGACAGAGGGACAUCACAAGUCCUGCAGUAUGCUGAUGCAGUGCUGGCAUCACGAGGGCUGUCAAAAGACAGUGAUAAAUCUAUUGGUAACACUAGUGUACCAGUAGCUGCCAGUGUAAUGAAGGGAAUGAAGGUAUUGGCGAGGAAAGAUUCAGAUGGUCUUUUCUACAUGGCAUCUGUCAAAGAACAGGUAAAUGAAGGCCACCUUCAGGUUUAAUUGUAACCUGAUAAAGAUAUUUUCUGUUAUGGGAGUACAUCCAACUUUUUAGUUGUGAUAUAAAGAUGUAUUGGUAACAAAUCAAGGCAUUAAGCCCUACUCCUUUUCUGUUUCCAAGGAAGAGGUCCUCAGCCCUCUAGCAUUAAUAAUAAAUUAUGUGCUUCUGCAGUGAAGUUGACAAUUGUAUGUUGACGUAUAAGAGCCAGGUAACAAUUAAGUCAACCUUUGUGAAUUGUAUCUACCAUACACAAAGCCUAAUACAGAACAUAAAUUCAAAUCAAGUGUUCAGAUCUGAGUUAUACAUUGUAAGAGAGGAUGAGAUUGCUGUUGUUCUUAAGAGUGUUUCUCUCCAUGCAGGGGUGCGAAAAAUUUCAUACAGAAAGUAAUAUCAAAGUACUGAUUACUCCAGAUUAAGUUUUUCAAUCUAUAAUCAUGUAAUUAUAACUAAUAGAAUCACAAAAUAAACGAAAUUUUAUUAUUCAAUUAAGGGGGAAAACAACACAUUUGUAGUUGAGUUUGAGAAGUGUCCUGCCCUUCGCAAGUCACACCUUCAGGAGACAGCUCUGUAUGACAUGAUAGCUUAUAAAGAUGCCAUACGACACCAUGUGUGUAUUGGAGAUAAAGUGUUAGCUCCAUGGCAGGAUGAUGGACGAUAUGGACCAGGUACUGUUCUUGAUGGAGUGGAUCGAAGGGAUCUUCAACCACAAGGUAUUAAAAAGAACAUCACAUCCUUUGUGCCUCAUCAUAUUCCCAGUGACUGUAAAUCUGAACAGGAAAUGGGCCUAACUUUCAGUCACUUUAAUGCUUAAAGCAUGAACUAAUUUCUUGAGGACUGAAUGGUUAUCAAACUUAAAGAAAGACAUUCUGAUUUUGAACUACUACUUGCAUUCAUAUUGCUCUAUUUAGUUGUUGAUAAUAACGAUUUAAUAGAUGAUCAUGAAUGUUACUGCAUAUAAAUAAGAAACAAAUUGAGCUCUCGAUAACUCUGGCAAGCUGAAGUCAAACCCACCUUUUCCAUGUGAGCUCUCUUGUCUGACCUGCCUCUCUAAGAAGAUGUUAUAGGACUCUUGUGGUAAGAUCAAAGAGGCAUUGCAUAAAAUUGGGACAAACCCAUUUAAAAGGUCUCUUUCCUUUUAUUCUCUAGGUUAAUUUUUCAAAAUUAUUUUUUUUUGUCUUUUUCCCCAUAUUUACAAAGAACAUCACGACAGACUUUAAGAUUCUCCUUAGUGAGGGUUUCCCUUUCCAGAUCAUUUUCAAGUGUAGAGCAUACUUUAUGAAAACAAGAAUGGCUCUUAAUCGCAAGCAUCCUUCUGACUUUUGUUAGCUCUUUGCAUGUCUUAAAUCACAAUUAAUUGCCUCUUUCAUUUUCCUCCUUUUUUUGUCUUGUCUAGGUUAUGAAGGAGGUAACAUUCUUGUAGCCUUUUACAAUGGCCAAACAGUGCAGUUAUCCCCAGGUGUGGCUGUACGAAUACCACUAGCUGUGUUUGAUCGUAUGGUGACUGAGCUUCAGCUUCCAGAGUCCCAGCGGCGGAAAAUACGACUUGCUGCUGACACCUCAACCCCAUCGUACCAAGGAAGACCCCCACCAGUUCACACCACAUGGCAGCGGCCAUUCAGCCCCCCUCGGCACCAAAAACAGACCUGGUCUGAACAUGAUUCAAAAGACGCUCUCAGUGAGAAAAUAAAAUCACAGCUUGAGAGAAACAGGCAUCUUUUGGAAAGGGUGAAGUUCGAGGAGGAGGGAAAGGAUGACGGGAAUUUGUCUGAUGCAGAUGCAGAAGAAGCUAAUGUGGAAGAUGACGAUAGAGAAGAUACUUUGAAAAAUGCGGGAACAUUUGAUGUUUGUGUUGGAACUGAAGAUAUAGGUGAAAAUUCAUUUGUUAUGUUUACUGAAAGACAUUGUUGUCGAGGCUUAUAUCAGUCACAACAACUGAAACUAGUCUUAUUAAAAGAGGUAAACAUUUUGAUCCUCAAAAUUGAAAAUAGCGACGAAAGAUUUAUUGCACAGAUAGAGCGCUCUGUAAUCGAAUGUUGUCGAGAAAAAAGCUGGAGCAAUAGUCACAGCAACUAAUCGAUCGUUUUUUUUUUUAAAUAAAAGCACGCGCUCUAGAGACCGCAGAGUGUUCACGUUCGUAUUUUCCCUUCCGCUCUGGAAGUUGAUAUAGAGGGAAAAAAGAAAGUCUUUAAAGAGGUUAGGGCCAAUCACGAGCAGGACGGAAGUAAACUUUUUAUGGGACCAAAGAGAACUCGCAGCUUAAAUACGCUCUACUACGAGGAAUGGCUUGAGUUACCAGCUUUACUGAUACUAAAAGCCUCCUGCGUGAAGCGUGCCGAUUAUUGCUUGACAAGUCCAAACUCUAACGGAGUGAGACUUUUGGCGUUAUAAUUUGAUAUAUUUUAACCCAAUCAUCAACUCUUUGAUUCGACAGAUUUUAAAAGAUAUGUAGAUCCAGUAAUACCUGUGGGAACUCCUCUAGCAAAAGCUGGUGGAAAGCCAGAGACUAAGAAACGCUGGCGUUGGUGGAGUUCUGGGGUACCUCCUCGACCCCCAAGAUUCCGAGAGACAGCACUGGCAAAGCCCCUCGAGGUACGGGAUGAUAAAAAUCAGCGUCCUAUAUACCAGGAGUACCAGACUGUAGCAGGUGUCCCCUUCCCUCCCGGCACAGGUAACGUUCAGUAGUGACUUUUUCGGGUUGAAGUCAUGACGAGGAUGUAAUUGUGGUGGUUGCCCAUAACUAAUGCUACAAAUCUACCAGCAUGCUAUCGCAAAUGAGUCAAACUUAUCGGCUACACCACUCGCCCUGUAGACAGUGUGAUUAUCCGCAAGUCUGAAGCCCAUGCGAUGAGUUCAUGUAGAUUUUUGCCAAAUACAUUCAAUGCUUCGGUCUCGUUUUCUCUGCGCGAUGAUAGAUUCAGGCUUACCCCUCAUUGACUACUACGCUAUAAAAAUCUCGAACUAACAAUCUAACGCUUGAAAAUAUGUAGGCAUAGUAUGUGAAACUCAUUGGUGAUUCUGUCACCGUUUGAAGUUGUCCUUCAGUAGCAUGUCGUUAAAUGGACGAUUCGAAUGAGGCCUUAAGCUUCUCUAUUUUUAUUUAUUCUGAGCUGUCGUAGAUCUACGGCAUCGUUAGAAAUACAGAAGCUCAAGGCAUCAAUCGAAUCCCCCAUUUAAUCAUUGGUGAUUGUUUGUUACGAAAGGAGAGGCUUGUCCACGUUCUUAUGUGGGCUCACUACGAGUCAUAACUGACUGGCCACACGGAGAAUUUAGUAAUUAAUCAAAACUUCCCAGCUAGUUCAGUCAAUUCUUUACUAUGUAUCCACUGUUCUCUUCGAUUUUCCGCAACCAAAAGUUCAACGGCUCAAUUCUGAUUGGAAAUAUAAUCCCUUACAGUACCGGUCAAAUAUAAGUCGAUAACCUCUCAACUCUGGCUUCUCGAAAACUUGAGGAUCAAUUUGAGUUUCGGAACUUUCAAUAGCGUUUGAGAAAUUUUCAGAUCCAAUUUCGCGACUUUCGAGACGGUAAUACAAAUGAAUUUUUCGCGGGUUCAAUUUUGCACAUGACUCCUUUGUCUUCUUUACAGUGGUCAUUUGCUGCUGGUGAGCAUUUACGUUUACAUCAUUUUGCGUUACAAGCAUAUAGCCUACCUACAACCUAGGAAUCGCUUCGCGCAUGCUGAAGCAACCUAUUGUAUGGUAAAUCGUUCAUGCGCGCCAACUAAUUAUGGUCAUUGCAAUUGAUUAUUAAUUAGUUAUUACUAUAUAUUUUACAGAUAAGAAAUUCCAAGAUGGAGAGUGGCAUCCCCACCAUCAGUGGAAAAACACCGGUAAGGCCCUGGUAAGAUCCGGUCCACCACUGCUCAAGCAUCACGAAUACCAGACAUCCAAAGGAGUGCCUUUCCCAUCGGCAACAGGUAACAUCAGACAAAAGACAACAUGGCCCAUGAUGAAUGGUAGGGCAUGCGUGAACGAUGUGAACCUGCUGUAACUUCAGAGGUUGCUUGACUGUUUGAGGAAAGCUUCCUUUUCGGUCGAUUACUCUGAAACAAAUAGUCGGUGAUUAUACUUUUCUCAAGUUUCAUUUUCACUUAAAUAAAAACGCAGUUUUGUAUAUGAAAGGAAGACCAAGCACGAGAUUAAAUAUACGAAUUUUUGAAUACAAGCGUCACCAAUUCUGAUCACGUCUUCUCACGCUUCACGAUCUGCACUUUGAUUUGACUUUAUCUUGUUAUUUCUUAUCUCCAAGACAACAAGUUCAACACCGGCUCCGAUGGAAACUGGCGACCAGAAGACAAUAGUUCCUCAGUUCAGCGGUCUUCUAAUUGGGAAGAUGGCCUGGGACAUGGAGACAUCGAGAAAAAUAGGAAGGAGAGAAGAAGACUGGAGACCAAAAGAGACGCCAAGGAGAGAUACCACGCACAAAUAGCAAGAGAGUCCGUGGAUAAACAACAGAAAGAAAAGGCCAGACAAGAAUAUCACAGGUUAGAGUCUUCACUUAUUUGCCACUCCUCUAUAAGAUUUUUGUUGUUUCAAGUGUCUGAUAUAAGUGUUCGGUUUUUGCAGAGGUCUAUAGAUGAUGGGUAAAUUGAAGAAAUGCUGAUGACAAACUUUGACAGACGUAAUCCUAGUAAUUACGAUUUUUAGUCGUGUUUAAGAUAUUAUUAGUAUAAUAAUGAUAAUGAUAAAAACUAUAGCUGUCUAUUUUUUCAAAUUGCUUAAUACGAAAUUAAGAAAGCAUUUCCAUCGAUUCAAAUGCCACUUGAACAAAGUAAAUUACUUCUACCGGGCGCAUACAGCAUUCAGUGCUAAAAUAUACGGGAAUGAGCGGAUUUCGAUUCUGUGUCAUGAAUUUAAAAUCAAAGAAGAAAUAAUUGCCAGUCAGAAAAACGAUGAUAUUACAAUGACCCUCAGAAAAACCCUAGGUAAGAAUGAGCAAACGGUAAAACGCGAUUGCACCAAUUUCGGUCGCUCGUAGUUUUGUUUUCUGAUUGUUUGAGUGGGUUGCGCGCGGUUUCCUAUCACAGAGCGCUGUAAAGCAACACUGAAUGAUACUGAGAGGUAAAUUGUCUUCAGUUUAUAAAACAAUUAUUGAAUUUCUCAUAUUCUACUGCAGAAAAAAGGUCGACGAACGAACUCGUCAAAUUUCGGAGCAAUCUGCAGAAAAAGCACGCCAAGAAAGCCAGAGAAUGGAGCACAAGAAACAGUCAACUGAAAAGGUUUGCAAAAAGGAGCAAGAGAGACAAGAAAAAGCCGAGACAUGGAAACACUCCAGGAUAGAAGCCAUGAAAGAACGCAGAACCCAACAUGAAGAAAUGGAGAACAGUUACGAAAGAGCAGCGCAAGAGCAAGAGUCGCAAAGACUGGUAAGUGUAGGAAAAUAUUAAUUCGUGAGAGAAAAUUCGUAGAGGUAUAUAUUUCUCAAACUCGUUGCAAAUAUAUUAGAGAUAGAAAAGAUUUCUUACCUAAAUCUUCUUCUCGGUCCUUACUAAAAGCUACGGACCUUGAAUUCGGCCGGUUAGUAUAGCUUACAGAGCAGGCGUAAUUUUGGCGAACGAGUGCUCAGUAUUUUCUUUGUGGAAAUUUUAAGCUGCCAUCUUUGAUUUUUUACGACAGCGAAAGGCUGGGAAGGGAAUGAAACUUGUGAUCGACAGUUAAAAGGAACGAGAGUGGAGGGGUUUGGGCAAAAGAAAUUCUCGCCUUUGCCCGCCCCCUCCCCUUACCGACCACUUUAACUCUAGAUCAUACAUGACAGGUCGAGUAAUAGAUCGCCAGCUUAGAACAUUAGCUCACUUUAAUAAGACGUCUCCAUCGUUUUUGUGCAGAGUGGACUGAAGGACAGAGAACAGAAGAGAGUAGAAGCGCAUCACAAUCGAUUGGAGACCGAGAGGAGAAUGGGAAUAGACCGAGAAGACCAGCUGAAACAUCGGGAGCUGGAUCGACAGACGAGAAUACAAAGGAUAAAGGGGGAAGCUGAACGGAGAAAACAGAUGGGAAUUCACGUGAAACAACAAAAUGAACAGAGAUACCGAGCCAGCAUUCUCCCCUAAUCACAGAGAGAAAUUGCAAAAGGACUGGGUGUUAGUUGUCAGCGAGAAGAGAUCAGGCGAUAGUCAACCAUCGGAGAACGGUUCGGGUAUCACAACUAUUGUUCGAAGCCUAACAAUUGACCACGUCAGAGGACAAUUCUAGGCACAGAUUCCUCAGACAACUAUGCGUAUCUGAUUGAACUUCUGUCAACUUCAAAUAGAAACAAAAAAGAUCUUACUUUCAUUUACAAACGGCGAAAAAAGUUCUUCUUGCCGUUAGCGAGAAGAUUUUGUUGAUUAUUCCUUCAUGAAACAUCGAUUGUAUAUGUCAACAAGUUAUCGGAUUUUAGUGACGCGCUGACAAACUGGCAGUGAGAUAGACUUUUAGCGGCGCAGUUUUCGCCCAACAAUGAGGAAAGCCAUCUUAAGCAAUGGACUUUAACUCGGCAAUUAAGUAUGUUUGUCUUGUAGCAUUUGCUAUUGAAAAAUUUGCGUCCCUACAAGAUAAUUGCAGUGAUCUUUGGUCUUUUUCAAGGAAUUAGACCUAAACAGUUAAUUGAUCAAUAGUGUUAUCGCUUAUACCCAUUUAAACCAAAAAGAAAUUCUAAAAAGUGAAUCAUUUAUCUUAUAAUUUCGUGUAUUGAAGAGCUGGCAUUCUUAAGCUUGUGUUAGCUCAAGUGUUGAGGCAAGAAAACCUUUCUUCCCUUUUUUCAAGUUGCAACGAUUUAUUGUGCUGCGGUCAAUGAAGGGAACAAAAAAAGGUCUAUUUUAGAACGUCUUCCUUUUUAUUGUGGUCACCACAAUCACAUUAAGACUCUAAGGACAGUUUCUGCGUGUCUAUUAAAGGUACAUGUUUCUAGAUUUGCUAACAUACGGUACAGAAAUUGUCUUAGAGAAUAAGGAAAGGAAAUGCAAAGCAAUACUGCGCCUACAUUGAACGAAAAGAGUUCAUUUCUGAAAAAAGAAGCGUUAGAGAAGUAAAUAGUAAUUUAAGUAAGAAACUAAAAUAGAGACGGCUGCUAUUAGUCUUAAAAGGAAGAUCAUAGUGUUUUCAACACAAAAAAAGAAAUCUUCGGAUAUCUUACGCCAACGUCUGAGGAAAAGUAGAAAAAUGGAAUCGUGAGACGAAAUGUUCAUUCGAGAACAGAUUAAAAUUACAAAUACCAAUUGCGUCUCAAACGAGAAUUUGCGAUGUAUGUCCGGAUCGAUGUCGGUUCGUCCCCAGUAUCAAGGGCAGCGUUGUUACACAUGGUAUAUUUUGCGCUUAUUGUCUGCCGUUAGUGAAAACAUUACUGGUGAGGCGAAAUAUAUGUUAUUUUGAACUCGAUUGCCAUGUCAAAUGUCACUUUAUUCGCUUGUGGAGGUAUUCAUCAGGGUCAAAAAUGUUUUAGUGAGGUUUCAAGAGGAAGGCGAUGCGUUGAUGAGUUGAUGAGUUCAUCGGCCUCGAGCAAGCAGUAGUUUACAGUUCAAAAACAAUCGAUAAUAUCUUACUAAAGGAAAAAAGUUUUACUGAAGUGUACUUGCAAAUGGUGAUAUUCCCGAUGCAGUGUCGCUUUCAGUUUGUGACCUGCUAUUCGCUUCUGCCGGUCGCGGAGUUCGAAUAAUAUUAACCCUGUGUCGGAAAGCUCCCUCAACACCGAUGCUGCAUCAUACUCAAGUUAAUUCACGAACUCUUGUCAAUCUCCCGCUACAGCAUGUCAGCUCAGAAAAACCCACUCACUGCAG